CUUUUUACCAUUUUGAAAAUAUUCACAAGCCUUUCCUGAGAGUAGAAGGAAAGUUUAUGUUUUAAUUCUGAAGUUAGUGAUUUAGUAUUAGAAGGGCCAAAAUGAGGGGAAAAUAGGUUUUGGUGACCAAUGUGAAAAAUAAUUAUUUCAUUUAUAAAGAACCGAAGUAAGUUUUUAGUCUUUUCAUAUGUCUCCUGUUAUCAAUAAUUUUUGGCAGUUACCCAUAAUAUCUAUUUGGGUUUGAUGUGGAUGUGCAGCAUGGUCCUCUUGAGUGCUUCUACAAUACCAUAGAAGCAUGUGCUCUUCAUGUUUGGCCAUUAACACAGAGUUUCCCCUUCAUCCGCUGUGUAGAGGCUCAUUUGCAGCAGAAACGCAAGGACACAUCUAUGUGGCACCUUUGUGCUAACCAUCUCAAUUUGAAACCUGACUCUAUUCAUAAUUGUUACACUACUGCACUUGGAAAAAAGUUGAACUUGGAUAUAUAUAUUGGUUCAGAGCUCUCACCAACUGAUCCAUGCAAAACAAUGAAAAUGCAGCUGAUUCUGCACAAUGCUGAGGAAACUUUAAAACUGAAUCCUCCUCCUAAGUAUCUCCCUUGGGUGACUGUGAAUAACGAACCACUCUUCCGGGACUAUAGCAAUGUCAUAAAGUAUAUCUGCAAUGCCUACAGAGGAAACUCCAAACCCGGUGCCUGCAAAACCACCAGCUCAAUUCCAUUAUCUCCUUCACUUUGUGAUCCGCCGAAUACGAAAUUUGUGUCCCCUUAAUCCUAUCGCGUUUCAUUUUAAAAAUAAUUUGUUAGGGCACACUCAACUCUUGUUUAUUAUUCUCAUUUUGUCGUAAUGAACUGGUGAGUAAGUUUAGUUUGCUGAACACCUUUUAACCAUUACGACAGAAAAA